AUGGCAAAAAUGAAAGAAUUGAUUGGCCAAUUAAGUCACGAUAACAUUGAAGUUAAUUCUCAAUGGGAAUUAAUUAAAUAUCAAAUGGCACAUCGAUGCGAUUCAAGUUUUAUUGGUACUUCGCCGAACUCAACGUUAUUUCUUAUUGAAUGUCAAAAUGGCAAAGAUGUAUCAGAAUGUACAUGUUUCCCAAAUGGUCGGGGUAUUUGUAACUAUUCUAAUGGAAAUAAAUAUAAUGGAGAGUGGGUAAAUGGAGCAAAAGAAGGUCGAGGCAAGUUUAUAUGGGGAAAAGAUGGUACCCAAUGGUAUGAAGGAGACUUUCGAAAUGACAAUAUAAAUGGACAUGGCACGAUGUAUUAUUCAAAUGGACAAAAGUAUGACGGUGAAUUUAGAGAUGGACAGUUACAUGGACAAGGAACUGUGAUAGAUUCAAAUGGACGAAUAGUGAGAAAAGGUAGAUGGGAAAAUAGUAAACCAGUUUAA